UAGGAUUAAGCUUAACUAUCCUAUCGUACAAGGAUGGCUACAUGUUAACACCUUUGCCUUGGAAGACUGGGAGAAUGCCAAUAUACUCAUCUGUGACGCUUUCAUUAUUCCCACAAAGUCAAGCUAAUGUAUGGCUGUUUGAAGAUACUGUCUUAAUUACUGGAAAACUGUCUGAUGCCAAAUCUCAACCAAGUGUUCAGUUUCCAAAAUUUUUAAUCAAGCUUCCAACAAAUCACCAUAUUACAAAUGUUACAGCCUAUCUGACAGUGCCAGAGCAAUUUUUGAAAGUGGACAGCUUUCUCUAUGCAACAGGAAUUCUUCUAAAUAAAUCAGGUUUCAAAAGCAUGGAAUUAGCUCCUCUUGCUGCAAUAUGCGUAAAUGUUCUUUUGACUGGGAAAGAACUGAAAGUAAAUGGUCCCAUUCAGAUUACACUUCCUCUUCCCACAAGUACUGUAAAAUCAGGAGAUGCUAUACCUGCAUGGACAUUCGAUAUGAAAACUGGUGCUUGGGUAAGCCGUGGGUUAGGAAUGGUAAAGGAAGCAGAUGGUCAAUUAGUAUGGACAUAUACUGCUCAACACUUAGGCUACUGGAUAGCAGCUCCACUGCCUGGAACAAGAGAAUCCAUUAUUAGUGCGGUUUCCAAGGACAUAACAGCCUAUCACACAGUGUUCCUUACGGCCAUACUGGGAGGUACUGUUGUCAUUAUCAUUGGAUUUUUUGCUGUUCUUCUUUGUUACUGCAGGGAUAAAUGUGGUCGGACACAAAAGAAGGAGAAAAAUACAACUAAGCUGGAGGUCAUAAAAAAAGACCAGACAACAUCAACAACUCACAUAAAUCACAUCAAUGCUAUCAAAGGGUCUUUAAAGUUGGAGGAUAAGUCACAGUUAUAUACACCGAAGAUUUCUUCAUACAGCCCUCAAAGAAGGAUGUCCGUAGACAUGGAAGAUGGAAAAUCACGAGAUAAUUUUAAAAUCUACGCAGAGGAUGCUUCUUAUCAGUCAUCCUGUCAGAUGGGUCAGUCAAGGAAUUCAGCCCAUUCAUUGGAGCCUAAUGCUGGAGUUAGGCAUUUGCAGCAGCCAAAGCAUAGUAACACUACUAUUUCCCAGGCUCCUAGGGACAUUCAAGACCAAAACGGAUACCUUUCACUGAAAGAGGAGAUGUAUGGGCUUUCCCAUAUCCCAGAACAUCUAAUGCAUAUUUACAGUCAACCUAUUGCCAUUCUUCAAACCUCUGACCUUUUCCACUCCCCAGAACAAUUGCAUCCUGCUAAAUCAGCAACUUUGCCAAGAAAAGGGCAGUUAGUAUAUAGCCCCAUGAUGGAACCCAUGAAUCGCGACAGUUACAUGCAAACAUUACCGAAAAUGCCAGUGCACUCUCAUCCACAGCCUUCUGUCUGCAGAGAUGAAAACAGUACAUUAGAUAGUGAAGAGGGCUUACCUUCUCAAACGUCAAACUGGGGCCGGUAUACUAAUAGCUUACUGGAAUCAGUCUCUGUUCCUGGGACAUUGAAUGAAGCAGUUGUAAUGACUCCAUUUUCAUCUGAACUUCAAGGUAUUUCAGAACAAACACUACUGGAACUCUCUAAAGGAAAACCAUCUCCGCACCCUCGAGCAUGGUUUGUGUCCUUGGAUGGAAAGCCAAUCGCUCAAGUGAGGCAUUCUUUCAUAGAUCUGAAAAAGGGCAGAAAAACAGAGAGUAAUGAUACCAGUCUGGACUCUGGUGUGGACAUGAAUGAGCAUCAUCCUAGUAGGAAACUGGAGAGAGAGAAAACUUUCAUAAAAAAUAUGCCACAUUCUAAGAUCCUUUACUUGGAAGAUCUGGAUCUGAGUAGCAGUGAAAGUGGGACCACUGUUUGCACUCCAGAGGACCAGGCUGUGAGGCACAUUCUGGAUGGAGGGAACGGGCCAGUUGUAGAACAGCAUGAUGAAGAAGGUCUAAGAAGAAAAACUGUAUCAGGAAGUCAUGAAUCUGGUAUCCCUUCUGCUAAAAAAAGGGAUAGACCGUCUAUCACAAAAAGAGACAGCAAAACCAAUAUCUGGAAGAAAAGAGAGGAGAGGCCACUUAUUCCUAUAAAUUAA